AUGUCUGGUGUGAAGCCAGUUGACGAUGACACCGAUUCAAUCGAGUCUGGCCGCGCAAAAAAGUCUACGGCAGCUCAAAAAGACUUGCAACUCGAUGCUGGUAUUCAACGAACACGUGUUCGAGAGCACUGGUGGCAGAUUUGGAUCCCCGCUGGAAUCCCACCUCCACCCCCAGCGUCCAUUGUCGAUGCCCCCGUCAGCCCAUAUGUCAACGCCAGUCUGUUUAGUCGACUCACCUAUACGUGGAUAUCACCGAUGAUGGUCUUGGGCUUUCAGAGGACACUUCAGGCUUCUGACUUGUGGAAAAUGGGACCCGAGCAAGAGGCGGAGUAUCUCACCCGAAAGCUUGAGGAAUCAUGGGCCAGUCGCGUCAGAAAGGCAGAAGAGUGGAAUCAACGGGUCAGAGAAGGGCUGCUCAAGCCAUCUGCAUGGCGUAGGCUGAGCUGGUCGUUUCCUGGGAGAGACAAGAAGAAACUAGAGAAGAAAUGGAGGGAAAGAGAGGCAAGCCUCGCUUGGGCAUUGAAUGACGUCCUCGGCCAUUUAUUCUGGCGAGGCGGAGUUUUCAAGGUCGUUUCGGACACCUCACAACUUAUGGGGCCCAUCCUUGUCAAAGCUUUGAUCAAUUUUGCUAAAGACAGAGCUACAGAGAAAGCUGAAGGUCAACAUGUUACUAAUGUUGGACGAGGAAUCGCAAUGGCACUGGGACUGUUGUGUGUUAUCGUGACGGCAAGUAUUUGCCAGCACCAGUUCUUCUUUCGAUCCAUGUCAACUGGCGUACUUGCACGCGCAGCAUUAACGGGGGCGGUCUACGAACGAGCGCUAUAUCUUACUCCAACCGCACGAAGGCAACUACCCAACUCGCAACUGCUUAACUUUGUGAGCGCGGACAUCAGCCGUGUUGAUGCGGCUGCUCAGUGGUUCCAUGCUGCUUGGACAGCACCAAUACAACUGAUUGUCUGUCUCAUCAUCCUCCUUGUCCAACUUGGACCAUCUGCUCUUGCUGGCUUUGGCCUGUUCAUCGCCAUUAUACCUCUUCAAAAAAGCCUUAUGGCCGUCCAGUUCAAACUACGCCGCCGUUCCCUUGUAUGGACAGACGCUCGUGCCAGCGUGACGAGCGAGAUUGUUGGUGCGAUGCGAAUAGUCAAGUACUUUUGCUACGAAAAGAGUUUUCUGGAGCGAAUUUCCGACAUCAGGACCCGAGAGCUUCAAGGCAUCAUUAAAAUUUUACACUCAGCAUCAGCCAACAUUGCACUGGCAUUUUCGCUUCCCGUUCUGGCAGCGACUCUCGCAUUUGUCACUUACACCAGUACCGGCACUCUUGACGUCGCAGUUAUCUUCUCGAGCUUCUCACUGUUUACUCUCCUUCGUCAACCGAUGAUGUUCCUCCCUCGUUCGUUGUCGGCAACAGCGGACGCUCGUACCGCUUUGGAGCGCCUGACUGUUGUAAUGCAUGCAGAAAUCCGCAAAGAAGCCCCUGAUUUCGGACAUCCCUACCCAACUCCGAAUAGCAAUGAGGAAAAACCAUCAAAAUCGCAAGCCAGAACGCCAUUCAAUAUCGAUGAAAGCCUUUCAGAUGCGCUCGUUGUUGACCAGUGCACGUGGGUUUGGGAAGGACCGCCACCAACUAACGAGGUGGAAAAGAAAGCCAAGGGCAAGAAAAAGCCAAUAAAGCAGCCCGAUGAUGUUUUACCAGAUGGCUAUGAACCAUUUCGGCUUGAAGGCGUCAGCAUGCGUGUUCCACGCGGCUCUUUGGUUGCGAUUGUUGGAAGAGUUGGGAGCGGUAAAAGUAGCUUGCUACAGGGAUUAGUUGGCGAAAUGCGAAUCGAUGGGGCUAAAAGCACCUGGGCAUUUGGCGGGCGGGUUGCCUACUGUCCACAAACCGCCUGGAUUCAGAAUGCGACUUUGCGCGACAAUGUUGUCUUCGGUCAACCCUUCGAUGAAGAGCGAUAUUGGCACGUGAUCGAGGAAGCAUGUCUGCUACCUGACCUCCAGCUCCUGGCCGAUGGAGAUCUGACAGAGAUCGGGGAGAAGGGAAUCAAUCUUAGUGGCGGGCAAAAGCAGCGUGUCAACAUUGCUAGAGCGCUAUACUAUGGCGCCGAAGUCAUCCUAUUCGACGACCCGCUUUCUGCUGUUGAUGCCAAUGUCGGAAAGGCUUUAUUCCAUGGUGCCAUUCGUGGUCUUGUCUCACGCGGGAAGACCGUGUUGCUCGUUACACAUGCCCUACAUUUCUUGCCUCUGUGCGAUUACGUUUACGUUCUGGAACAUGGGCAAAUCACACGAGAAGGAACGUAUCGCCAAGUUGUCGAAACUGGUGGACUUUUUGGCAUCGAGCAGGAGGAUAAAGGGAAGGAGUUUGACGAAGUGGAAGAGGAAGAUGCCAAGAAGCAAGCUAUCACGGUCACUGUGACAGUUGAAGAUGCCAAGGAUAAGGCUCGGCGGGCAAUGGCUGGCGCUGCUGGAACGGGCAAGCUGGAGGGUCGGCUAAUGGUGAAAGAGGCAAGGACAACUGGCGGCGUCUCUUGGAGUGUCUAUGGAUACUUUAUGAAAGCGGGCGGAGUCUGGCGAGUUGUGAUUGUAGUUCUGAUGGCCACCAUCAUGCAAGCCUCACAAGUGGUCAAUUCCUACGCAUUGGUUUGGUGGCAGCGCAAUACGUUCAACAAGUCAUUCGCGUUUUACCAAGUUCUUUACGCCUUACUUGGAAUUGUUCAAGCACUGUUCACAUUUCUUGUCGGCUUUGGGCUCGACCGGUUCAUCAUCCAGGCCACUCGGACGAUGCAUCAUGACGCUGUUAUCAACAUUCUUCAUGCCCAAAUGUCGUUUUUCGACACGACACCCAUGGGCCGAAUAUUAAGCAUUUUCGGCAAGGACAUUGAUACGAUCGACAAUGCAUUGCCUAUGUCCCUCCGAAUGUUCAUAGUCGUGAUAUGUGCGGUGGUUGGAGCUAUUUUGGUGAUUACUAUUGUCACCCACUACUUCAUUGUCGCAGCUCUAGGUAUCAUCGUAGGCUACGGUUAUUAUCAGCAAUUCUACCGCGCAGGCGCCCUCGAGAUGAAACGGCUUGAUUCGAUGCUUCGCUCUUUACUCUACUCGCACCUUUCAGAGUCUUUGACAGGCCUCCCGACUAUUCGAAGUUACGGAGAGAUCGAUCGCUUCAUUCGAGACAAUAAAUAUUAUAUCGACCUCGAAAAUCGCGCUUUGUUCUUGACGGUCACUAACCAAAGAUGGCUCGCGAUCCGGCUAGAUGCGAUGGGCUCCGUUCUCGUUUUCUUGGUCGGAAUAUUUGUUGCUGUUGGAAUCAACGGUGUAAAUGCAGCAGAGGUCGGGCUGAUACUCACUUAUACCACGUCAUUGACCCAAACCUUCGCGAUGGCGACAAGACAAUCAGCCGAAGUUGAAAAUUACAUGAAUUCAGUCGAGCGAGUGGUUCAUUAUGCACGAGGUGAUAUAAUCCCGCGGGAAGCCCCUCACGAGAGCACAACUUCGACCAAACUCCCAUCAUCAUGGCCGGAUCGAGGAGAAAUCGAGUUCAAUGAUGUUACCAUGUCGUAUCGACCGGGUCUCCCGAAUGUUCUGCACAGCAUCUCGCUCAAGAUCAAGCCUGGCGAGAAAAUCGGCGUGGUUGGCAGGACUGGCGCAGGCAAAAGCUCGCUCACUCUCUGCCUGUUGAGAAUUGUAGAGUAUGUUGGCAAAAUCACUGUCGACAAUGUGGAUAUUGGGAAGAUCGGAUUGACGGACUUGCGCGGAAGUAUUGCAAUAAUCCCCCAGGAUCCAACGUUAUUCAGUGGUACCGUUCGUUCCGUGCUUGACCCGUUUUCGAAAUACGAUGAUGCAAGACUGUGGGAUGCUCUUCGGCGGUCGUACCUCGUCGAUAGUGCACGGUCAUCAACAGAAACCAUGACAGAAACUACUCCAGCGCAACAUCGCAUCAAUCUGGACACCGUUAUUGAUGCGGAAGGGGCCAAUCUGAGUGUCGGCGAACGAAGUUUGUUAAGUUUGGCGCGGGCGUUGGUGAAAGACUCAAGGGUAGUUAUACUGGAUGAGGCAACUGCAUCGGUGGACUUUGAAACGGACAACAAAAUCCAGCGGACCAUCCAGACGCAGUUUAGCGAUAGGACACUCAUUUGCAUCGCCCAUCGCCUUCGCACAAUCAUCUCAUACGACCGCAUACUGGUGAUGGAUGCCGGGAAAAUCGCGGAAUUUGACACCCCAGUCCAGUUGUUUGCCAACGAGAACAGUCUGUUUCGGGCUUUGUGUGAUAAGAGCAAUAUAUCGCUCGUAGACAUCGAGAAGGCAGUAAUGAUGCGGGAGGGGGAAUAG